AUGCUGUAUGUAGGCAACAGCGAGGUUACACUACUAGACUACAGUGGGGUUACACUACUAGACUACAGUGAGGUUACACUACUAGACUACAGUGAGGUUACACUACUAGACUACAGUGAGGUUACACUACUAGACUACAGUGGGGUUACACUACUAGACUACAGUGAGGUUACACUACUAGACUACAGUGGGGUUACACUACUAGACUACAGUGGGGUUACACUACUAGACUACAGUGAGGUUACACUACUAGACUACAGUGAGGUUACACUACUAGACUACAGUGAGGUUACACUACUAGACUACAGUGGGGUUACACUACUAGACUACAGUGAGGUUACACUACUAGACUACAGUGGGGUUACACUACUAGACUACAGUGAGGUUACACUACUAGACUACAGUGGGGUUACACUACUAGACUACAGUGGGGUUACACUACUAGACUACAGUGAGGUUACACUACUAGACUACAGUGAGGUUACACUACUAGACUACAGUGAGGUUACACUACUAGACUACAGUGAGGUUACACUACUAGACUACAGUGGGUUACACUACUAG